UCCAGGUUGUUUGGAUGUAAACUGUCCAGUAUCUGUAGUGAUUUCCAGUCCAAUUUCCAGUACCACACUUUUGGCGCUCAGGACGCGAGUGGAGGUAGUGCUUUCCCUUUGGGGAGAAAUCGUGGCAUCGCGAGUCGUGGGCACUACCAAGGAGUCGCUGGAGGUGGUGGAGGAAAUAGAGGGUUCUACAACAUCUCGUCAGGCGCACCAGGCGGGUUAUUCGGACAGAAUAAAGGAGGAAGACGAGGUGCUUCUUCAGUCACCCCAGCACUUGAGACUGACAACUUCUGGCACAGCCUCCGUCAAGGUGGUGCUUCCCAUGGUAGCGGUGCUGCAUUUGGAACUACGGGAGGUGCUAAUGCUGUUAUCUGCCACGCCUCAUCGAUUCGAAGGGGAGGAACGCAGCGUCGCGCUGCCAUGAAAAUC